CCUAACUAGAGGUAUCCUAUCUUUUCUUCCCAGCUCCCACCCUCUUGACUCUUUUCUUCUUUUUCUUCUCCUCCAACAGAAAGAAAUCCUCGCGACAAAUUCACACAAUCUUGACCUUCAAGCUCUGACUCAACGUUCCUGCAACACGAUUGCAUCUUCUCCUAUAACUCUGAACUGAGCUCGUCUCUUUAAUCCGCCCACAUGCACGGGCGCCCAUCCGUCUUCACCUCGCAGGUACGUUCACUUUUUUUUUCUUCUUAUUACGUCGCGUGUGACAUAUACUCGAUGUAUCAAUCCCGCCAUCACUGAACACAUUUUUAUCGGUGGCUCUGCAACGUUCGUUGUAGGAGCUAUAGAUCGAUGUGUAUCCACCUGAUGGCUCCUCUCCUCAUCACCAAGACUUCCAUCAUAUAUCAAUUGGCACAAUGCUAACUCAUUUUAUAGGAUUAUCUCUCUGGUUCGUACUCUUCAUUGGUUUUGACUCACCGCUCGAAACCAUGCCUUACCUAUCCGCCAGACAUGAAAACUAACCUAUCAACAGACCAUCUCUGGAAGUCUCAGUCUUGCUAAAGAACUUUCUUCACCAACCGACUAUUCUCCUUCUAAACACAACCCAAACACCGACAUAUACCAAAAUGUUCUCCCGACUGGCUUCCUUUGCCAAACCCGCGGCCAAGUCCGCGUCGGCUUCUGGCCGAACCAUGCUUCAGGUCCGAUACCUGUCUGAGAAGGCUGUUGCUGGCAGCAAGGGCAGGACUAUGCCCUUCUCUGCUGCUCGAGCUACUGCUCCUGCUGCUUCUCUCCCCGCCACUCUCACCAUUCGAGAUGGUCCUGUUUUCCAGGGCAAGGCUUUCGGUGCCAACGCCAACAUCUCUGGUGAGGCUGUCUUCACCACCUCUCUUGUUGGCUACCCCGAGUCCAUGACGGACCCCUCCUACCGAGGCCAGAUCCUCGUCUUCACCCAGCCCCUCAUUGGCAACUAUGGCGUUCCCUCCGCUGUCCGAGACGAGUAUAAUCUUCUCAAGUACUUCGAGUCCCCCCACGUUCAGUGUGCUGGUAUCGUUGUCUCCGAUGUCGCUGUCAACUACAGCCAUUGGACUGCCGUCGAGAGUCUCGGCGAGUGGUGCGCCCGUGAGGGAGUUCCCGCCAUUUCUGGCGUUGAUACCCGCGCCAUUGUCACCCACCUCCGAGAGCAGGGCUCUUCCCUGGCUAGGAUCUCCAUUGGAGAAGAGUACGAUGCCGACGAGGAUGAGGGUUUCGUUGACCCCGGCCAGAUCAACCUGGUCAAGCGUGUCACCACCAAGGCUCCCUUCGUUGUUGAGUCCCCCGGUGCUUCUCUCCACGUUGCUCUGAUCGACUGCGGUGUCAAGGAGAACAUCCUUCGUAGCCUGGUCAGCCGAGGUGCUUCCGUCACAGUCUUCCCCUAUGACUACCCCAUCCACAAGGUUUCGCAGCACUUCGAUGGUGUCUUCAUCUCCAACGGUCCAGGUGACCCUACUCAUUGCCAGGCUACUGUCCACAAUCUCGCCCGUCUGAUGGAAACUUCCAACAUUCCUAUCAUGGGUAUUUGUCUCGGCCACCAGCUUCUGGCUCUUGCUGUCGGUGCUCGCACCAUCAAGCUCAAGUACGGUAACCGAGCUCACAACAUUCCCGCUCUCGACUUGACCACUGGUUUGUGCCACAUCACCAGCCAGAACCACGGAUACGCCAUCGAUGCCAGCACCCUUCCCAGCGACUUCAAGGAGUACUUCGUCAACCUCAACGACGGAUCCAACGAGGGUAUGCUCCACAAGACCCGCCCCAUCUUCUCGACCCAGUUCCACCCCGAGGCCAAGGGUGGCCCUAUGGACAGCUCUUAUCUCUUCGACAAGUACCUCCAGAACGUCCAGCUUGCCAAGAGUAACCAGGUGGUUUUCAAGGAUAACCGACCUACCCCUCUGAUGCUCGAUAUCAUGAGCCGAGAGCGCGUCGGUGUUGAGCCUACCCCUCUUGCCGCCACUGCUUGAACGACUAGUGUGAGAUGAUUUUGGCGUCUGGGAUAGGUCGUUGGUAACGUCUGUUAGUUUCUCGGGAGCAAGGAUAAUGGCUGCUAUUUUAAUGUUAUAUUCAGAAACAUCGGGCUUAUAAGAAAGAUUGUGAUACCACUACUACACCUCAAGCCGCCAUGUCAUGUCUCCUGUGCUGAAAUGUACUGACAUCAAUGACCCAAGCAAGUGCUGCAUCCAGCUUGUAGCGUCUCAUUUAGUGAUGUUAAUACUCAUACACAAAAUAUGACUUGGAUAAAAGCAGACUUCAGAAUUAAAACGAUGAUUAAAAUUAAAGUUACUCAAUUCACUGAUGUCUAAACACCUAUUGUUUAUUUCCUUGCCUUUUACUGUCUCAACGCCGCCCUCCAUGUGAUAUAGCUCCUGAUACUGUGCACACAAUGCAAAGUUAUUAAUUUGAAUUUACUGUCUUUUCUUCGCACCGCAUAGCACAUAAUGCGCACCUAGCCCUCAGUCCCUCAUUCGAACAUCGCCGUCGUUAGACAAGGAGCCACGACGAGGACGGUGGUCGUCUCUUGGUGGAGGAAGAUACCGAUCACUACGCGGUCGACCGCCGCCGCCGCCGCCGCCGCGUCCACGACGUCUCCCACCACGGCGCUCACGGCCCAUGGCUCGCUCGCGGUGUGGAGGCCGGAUGCCUUCAAAGACCUCCUUGCCCCGGUCAACGAAUGAAGUACCGUUCUCAAAGGAGUAGCGGUUAAUCUCGCGGCCGACAUCGCGGUUGCGAUCGUUUGUGUAAUAAGAGCGCAUAUUGUCGAUGCGGCGGCGCGCAAGGUCUUCUGAUACAGGUUGGUAGUCGAUAACUGGGCGAGUGUUGGUUCGCUUGAAUGCACCGCCUGGGUUGAUAGGUGGAGGUCUUGGUCCAGGUCCAGUGCCGGGGCGAACAGGGCGUGGUCCAGUAGGAAUGGCAGGGUCGCGGAGUGCUCUGGGUCCAAGAGGGAUAGAAUUAGUCGCCAUCGUCGAGCUUGGGGGUGGUCUUGCGCUCAGUUGAGGCAUCAUGCGAGAUGUUGAUGCUGAUGCUUCCUCGAGAUGUGCUUCAACAUCGCCGUUAGGGCCAUCCUCAUAAACGAUUUCCCAUCGAGCACCAGAGCGGCCGCGUGGACCACCGCUGGCUUGUUCUGUAUCAAUCCAGUCCCGGACUUUCUCAGGAGGGACAAAGUCGACCCAGAGCGCUUUGCGAUUGCUCUCGUUAGGCCAGACACUGUCGUGAAGUGCAGUGCGAACGCGGGAAGCAGCAGCGGUGUUUUUGAAGAUAACAAAACCAUGAGUACGGAUCUGGUCCAGAAAGAAUUCGGUCACGAUCCCGUCGUCAUCGUCCGCUGCGUCCUGAGAACGUCUCGCAAGCGUGACGAGAUGGGCCUUGACAUCUUGAGGUCGGAGAGGGCGCAUGAAGUUCUUGAUGUAAAGUGCAGAAGUGGCCGGGUGCACCGCCGGUGCAACGUCUCGCUCGUAGUUCAUAUCCUGCGUUUUAUCUCCGUCUUCACCAGAAUCUUCUUGUCUGGGUGCCUCGGUCUCUGGGGCAGCUUCCUGUGAAGGUUCUUGUUGAGGCUUCUCUGCUUGGGGCUCACUAUCCAGGUUCAUAGGAGCAGGUUUGUUUUGAGUUUCAGGUAGCAGAUCUUCCUGUCGUGCACCUAGACUAUCGCCGUUUGCUGAACUCUCAUCCGUGCGUGCGCGUUUGCGUGCAAUCGAUUCUUCGGUUGGUGGGGGUGUGAGAGAGCGGCGUUUGCGCUUUUGCUGUUCGGCAGCAGGGGUUGGUUCGAGUGAGUGAGAGGGUGUAGAUUCGACAGUGGUCGUCACUGUUCCCGCUCUUGAUUUCUCCUCCACCGUUGGUUCCCUUGAUUGAACAUCCAUUUCAUUCCCAGGAAUUGGCACGUCCGCGACCAGAUCGCCAUCGUGCGCCGCUUCCUCUGAUGCUCCAUUCUUGACAACUUCCUCCUUGUCGGUUUCAGGGACCCCUUUAUUAGUCUCCCCAUCGACAUUGGGCGCAGUGUUAUCAUCCAACUGUUUCUCUUCUAGCUCCGAUAUUUCUGCUGUUGGCUUUUCUUCUUCCGGUCCGUGCUGCUCGGUCGCUUCCUGGGGCUCGUUGUCUGCAAGGACUGGUUGCUGAGCCGGUGGCUCAUCAUUUCCCGACUUGGUGUCUGUAGGCGCAUCGUCAAGCUGUUCUUGGGCCUCAGUAUUCUCAGUUUCUUGAUCAGAUUCAUCUAGUCGCGCGACAAGCUCUGUUUUGAGACCGUGCUGUGGUAGACCGCGACUUUUGAGCUCGGCCUUGAGGUCGACGACUUUGAGCUUGGCCCAGUCAGUCAUGAUGAAAGCAAUUGACGGCGCGUGAACGUCUGACGUGUUUGAAAACGAUUCUCAUAUGCUCUCCUUUUGCGUCUAAAUGAUUGAUUAUCCUGGAGAAGAUCUGAAUCUGAAAGACGAGAGUAGGUAACGAAUUGGAACCUUUGAAAGCUUGAAACAGCUUUGAUCAUCUUCAGUCUCGUCGCAAAUCUAAGUGUUAAAGGGUUGUUCAUCCAA